AUAUUCAGCACAUAAAUCCCAUAUCCUUAUAUUCAGCACAUAAAUCCCAUAUCCUUAUAUUCAGCACAUAAAUCCCACAUCCUUUCAUUCAGCACACAAACUCCAUAUCCUUUUAUUCAGCACAUAAAUCCCACAUUCUUUUAUUCAGCACAUAAAUCCCAUAUCUUUACAUUCAGCACACAAAUUCCUCAUCCUUACAUUCAGCACAUAAAUCCCAUAUCUUUAUAUUAAGCACAUAAAUCCCAUAUCUUUACAUUCAGCACAUAAAUCCCAUAUCUUUAUAUUAAGCACAUAAAUCCCAUAUCUUUACAUUCAGCAUAUAAAUCCCACAUCCUUACAUUCAGCACACGAAUUCCAUAUCCUUAAAUUCAGCACAUAAAUCCCAUAUCUUUACAUUCAGCACACAAAUUCCAUAUCCUUUUAUUCAGCACAUAAUCUUUACAUUCAGCACAUAAAUCCCAUCUCCAAGUUUUGAAAUUUGUCUAAUUUACAGGCUCGUACAAAGAAAAGGAAAAGAAAACACCCCAAUAACCAUUUUCAGUCUACAUAAAGGGGUUGGUCUGGAUUAAGGAUGAUUUAAUCUAAGUCUCCUCUGUAAAAGUGCGCUAAUUUCCUCAACAGAGAAGAAUCCAAAUAACAUUUGGCGUUUGAUCGGAGCGAUAAUCCCCGACCAUCCUCGGUUCCCAGGCUACUGUAUCACACUGGCUAAAUUGAGUUUUUGAGGAGAUCAGCGAUCUCCAGUCCGAAUUCAUAUGGAUUCGCCCCAACUGUUAAGGCGCACUGAGCUCUUCCCCGCUAUUUGGCCCCGGGGAGCCACUGUGCCCUUUUGAUCAUUUCAGUCUCUGCUAGGCACAAUAGUGCUGAUUGGCUGAAAGGCUAAGAAGGGGGGAAAAGGCUUUAAUUAAGCAGAUAAUCUGGGUUUGGGAUGAGAGCAGAUCCAUUUCAGAGGCAGCCUGUAGCUCAUAUAGACUCUGCUGCGCCUGAGUGCGUUUUCUAGGCUAACAUCAGGCUUUAACUGCGCUCUCUCUCAGGAUGUUCAUCCAUCUGGACGUUUAUUAUUACAUUUUCAUCUUGAUGGUUCACAUGAAAUCCUGCUGCAGUUGGUCAGUGAAUAAUUUCCUGAUGACAGGCCCAAAAGCUUACCUGAUCUAUUCCAGUAGCGUAGCUGCAGGCGCUCAGAGUGGGAUUGAGGAAUGCAAGUAUCAGUUUGCGUGGGAGCGCUGGAACUGUCCAGAACGAGCCCUUCAGCUUUCCACCCACAGCGGACUCAGGAGUGCAACCCGAGAGACAGCUUUUGUUCACGCCAUCAGUUCUGCUGGGGUUAUGUACACUCUCACAAGGAACUGCAGCCUGGGCGACUUUGAUAAUUGUGGCUGUGAUGACACCAGGAACGGUCAACGAGGUGGUCAAGGCUGGCUGUGGGGAGGCUGCAGUGAUAAUGUGGGCUUUGGAGAGGCCAUCUCCAAACAGUUUGUGGAUGCAUUAGAAACUGGGCAAGAUGCACGUGCUGCCAUGAACCUGCACAACAAUGAAGCUGGACGCAAGGCUGUGAAAGGGACCAUGCAAAGGACGUGUAAAUGCCAUGGUGUGUCUGGCAGCUGCACCACUCAGACCUGCUGGCUUCAGUUGCCUGAGUUUCGGGAAGUGGGCAACUACCUGAAAGAGAAGUAUCACCGUGCCAUUAAGGUGGACCUCCUGCGAGGUGCAGGCAACAGUGCAGCCAGUCGUGGGGCAGUCGCCGAGACCUUCAGCUCCAUCUCCCGUAAGGAGCUGGUGCACCUGGAGGAUUCUCCUGAUUACUGUGUUGAGAACCGUACGCUAGGCCUUCCAGGCACUGAAGGCCGUGAGUGCUUAAAGAAGGGCAAGAAUCUGAGUAAGUGGGAGAAGCGUAGCUGCAAGCGGCUAUGCAGUGACUGCGGCCUGGCUGUGGAGGAACGCAAGGCAGAGACUGUAUCCAGCUGCAACUGCAAGUUCCACUGGUGUUGUGCGGUAAAAUGUGAGCAAUGCCGCAAGACUGUCACCAAGUACUACUGUGUGAGAGCCAAGCAGGUUAAGAAUGAUAGUGCAAGUCGAAGAAAAAGUCUUCGUUUAAAGAAGAAGCACUAAUGUGGUCUUUAAGGAUUGAAAAUGAUACCGUGUAAUCUUUAAUAUAUUCAGCCUGAAUUUCGACAGUGCAUUAGCAAUUAAAAACACUGACACGGAAAAAGAACACAUACAGUUCACAAACAAAUAUUAAAAAUGACUGAACUCUAGAAAAGAAGAAGAAAAUAUUGAAAUCUGUGUCUCUGUAUUCCUUUUUAUUAUAAUACAUCUGAAUCUGCAAAACCAACUAAAUAUUAUUGUGUUCUGAAUUGGGGAUAAUAAUCAUACUCUCUGUAAAUGAACUGUAAAUAAGAUGAAGCACUUUGUAUAUUGUUAAUUUAUUUCAUAUAUGUAGUGGUGUUAUGUUUGAUAGAUUUUUUUUUUUAAUUUUGUAUUUCGUCCCACAUACUUUUAUGAUUAAAGAUAUGUAAUGUGUCCUUCCAUAACUAAUUUUUUUUCUAUUUAACGAUAUUGGGUAAGUAUGUGUUUUAUAAAUAGGAACUGCACACUUGUGGAUUAUGAGUGGUUAAAAGUAGUUAAGUGUAAUCUGAAUAUUUUAUGGUAAAUGUUGAAUCUGCAUAAAAGUAUCAAAUUAAAUAUUACAUACAGAUCCAGAGUAUAUACAUAUAUACAGUCCUACUUAUUUUAAACAGUUCCUAUAUACUAACUGUAAAUUGUUUGGCAGGAUUUUUGCUUAAAUUUUUAAGCAUGUCAUAUAAAUUCGCUAAUUCUUUUUUUGUAUUUAGUGUCAGAUAACCCUGGGGCAGGGAAACAAUAAGAAAAGGGUUUUAAUUAUAGUCUUCCUUCCUUCACGCCUCUCUCAAUUUCUUCUUUUCAAAUGCCCUUUUUUCUAUCUAAGUAAUCCUCAAAGAACUCCCAAUACCUUGGCACUUGGAUGUUUCUUUACUGUUUAAUACUGGUUUAAUUAACUUUGUCGAGACAGAGGGAAAACAUGGACCAAGUCGCCCCUCAAAUUAUCUUGCCUCUAAUUUUGUAUGCUAAUCUCCUUUUCACGCCAUCAUCUUGGGGGAAAAAAUGUUGGGAAACUUCAUGUGGCCUGUAUUGGGCUUCCUGUGGAUGUUUUAUUCCAAGCCCACCUAUUUGGCUCCUUUCACUCCUCUAGGGCCUUCCUUUGCUCGAUUUAACAAUGAAUGGCGAGCUAAUCAGCUCCCUCGGUAAUGCACCACUGCUGAAGAAGCUAAUCCCUCUCUCCUCCUCCUUCAAUGGCCUGUCGCCUUCAAAGGGACUUUGGGAAAAGGCUUUGCAUGGAUUCACACUAUUUGAUGAAUAGAAGUUAGUUCAAGUAUUGUACCUAAACAAGGAGGGUUCAUAAACAAAUACUUGCCAGCUUCCAUCCCACCUGCAGAAGUGCCAGCCCUACUGUAGCACCCAGUGACAAAACUAAGGCCCCGCACAAGUGAUAUCCUAUUAAAAAGGCUAAUUAAAUCUCCACUGAGUAAUGCUUGCAGGCAUAGUCUGCUUUACUUAAAGACGUAUCAGCGAAGCACCUCACUGAUCUUACUUGCUUCCUCUCGGCUACGGCUGAUUUGGAAUUCCUCCUGUACAUGUUAUAAUCAGUCAAAUGAACCGAAUGGAAAAAGGAGUUCUAUCAGUUCCCUUUCAGUGCAUUGUAACUUGUCAGCAGGUCUUUUGCUUUUUAUGGUCAUUACAUAAAUCAAAUCAAAUUCCAGUCACAAACAUCACUAGGAAGAUUUUUAAUAUGGAAAAACACAGCAUUUUUAAUCAUGAAACUGUUGCACUUACACAUGCAGAAUAUGGAAAAACUACAGAUCUCACAGCUGCAACUACAUCAGAUCUGUGUCUUUGCAGCUGUCUGCUAAAUCUGAUCAGUUCCAAUUUUAGCAGUUAAAAAUUUGAGAGUUCAGAAAUUCUUCAACUUUACUGCUAAACUUCUUUUCCACCUUGUGCAUGUUUAGUUAAGUAUAAGGCUGUAUCUUGCCAAUUGUGAUUUGCAGUGAGCCAUGAGUCUGAGGUGUCAGAGACAUUUUAUAGGAGGAACUGAAGAUUAGUAGCUGUCCACACGUAGGUCUAAAUCUGCUCCCAUAAUUCGGAAGGUCAGUGUGCAUUUCUGAUGUCACUGAACCAUAAAUCAUACUUCAGGACUCUGUGUUUUUCUGGGAAACAACCUACAUAUAUAUGUGUUAAUUAAAAAAAAAGAAAUGCUAAUGUAUUUUAAAGAGACUUUUAAAAUGAUAGGUAUGUUGUAGAAGUAAAAGUACAAAAGUUUGUCUAUAGAAAUUAUAUAUCAGUUAGCAAAUCCAUUUUGAUUUAUACUGGAAAAUAUAAACACAAUUAAGAGAGGCAAUUUUCUUCCAUCAAAGGAAGUGAUGAUACAACCUACAAAGGAUGGGAAAAUUACACUUAAUAGUUCUGUAAAACCUUGACUAAUGGGAUUUGUGGCUUUGGAGCUUUGGACACACAGCACCAAGAGAGAGUUAGGGUCAGUAGGAUGUGCUGAGAGAAAACAAUGACAUGAGUGCUGAAGAUUCUUGCUCAGAAAUAAUAUAUGUGACUUGUUUAAGGAAGUAAUCUAGUGCCUUUCUUUCUUCCCUUUUUAAAAAAAAUGUUUUGGUCUUUUUGACCAUCUCGGCUGUGCUCACACUAUGUGAUUUACAUUUGUACAUUUUUUAAUGCAAAGUGACUUAUACAUGAGACAGAAUAUAAUCCAAACACAGUAUGUAGUAUAUAAUAUGUAGCUGAGCAGUUGAGGUCUAAGGGUCUUAUUAGGUUUAUUAGGUUAAUAUUUAGCAUACUAUUGAAGUGUGAGCUUUGACUGUUAUCUGCAGAAACUGCACAUAACUUCAGACUUGAAUAGAGGCCCAGACAUAGUAUAUGAGGACAUGAGAGAGGUGCUACAGUUCCAUCUGCUGGUGAACUGAAUGAAGCUGCUGAUAAUGUGGCUAUAUCAGACUAUGCUCCCAUUUAAAAUCUUAAUGAACUUCACUACUUAAUAUGUGUUGUUAAGUUGUGUCUUAAGUUUGCAUAUCAUACAAGCAUUCAGUUUUGAUUUAAAACUGGAAAGAAACAGAAAGUUUUAUAAUUCUGAAACA